AUGCUACCGCAGCGUACCAGAACGGCAGUAGUCCCCUCGAGGAACGCUCUCCGAAUCCUGCGUCAGUUAGCAUUAGCUGGAUCAACACUCGGGGGUGUCUGCACAGUCGCUGCAAUUACCUACGAUGCCCACCGCCGUGCCUCUGUAGCCGAAAAGAUUGUUAAGAACAAGCGGACUAUACAGACAUCGACUCCAUACUACAAUGCCACUUCGGCCGCGAAGAAACUUGCCUUAAUGGUGGAGGCGGCAGAAGCGGGAGAAUUCGAUGGGUUGGCUUCUUUGAAACAGGGUGGUUGGAAUAGAUCGUCGCAUAGUCAUGAGCAUAACCGAGUCUCUGACCCCGUGUCUGAUUCUGUCGGUGUUGCCGCGGAAGCAGUCAAAGGCCCCGCUACUACGCGACAGUCUUCGAACUACCCAAACCCUUUUACGCAUUCAGACUUGGAAGCAGCUGCUAAUGACCUGGAACGUGCGACGAUUACACGAUCGUGGUUGACCAAUCGUUCCGAAGCUAUUAAAUUUUCAGCUUACGAUCAGGAAACCGUCGUACCUUCUAUUCACGAUCAACCUACGACAAAUGCGACGGAAUCACAACAGGAUGAAAGCGCUUUACCAGAUGCAGAAGAAUAUCGUCAAGCAAUUCGAACUGUCCGUGAUCUCUUCGAAAAAGGCCGAAUCAUUGAAGCUGCCGAGUUGCUUUUAGAGAAACGCUCGCAGACUAAAGAACGAUUUUCUCCAAGGGAUCGUGAACUUGCAGUGAACCUAUUCUACGCCAAUUGCGCGGAUGACAAUAUCUGGGUAGCAAGAAAUGUGUUUGAACACAUUGAGGAGUUUAGUAGCGUCUCUCCACGUAUGUGGAAGACCUUGAUUAUUGCUUUGACAAAAUGCAAUGCGAUCGAAUCGGCUUCACAGCUGAUUUUGAAAUACAGCGACACGAUACAGAUACCCUUCUACAUGGCGGAACUAGUGAUUCGAAACGUCGCCUUCGACACCGAUUUCAGUCUUUGCGGCGUGUUUCUGAACAAUCUAUGGAAGAAGUCGCGGAGUAUCGACCUUGUGAAUCGAGAGUUUGAAAGGAUAUUGACGACAUUAGCGCGAUUCAAUCUCAAGCCCACCGCGAAACUCUUUAAUCCAAUGUUGAGAGCCUAUGUUGAGUUCGGUCGACUGAAAGAUGCAGAGAUCUUGGCGAAUGAUAUGAAAACAUUAUACGGGGUUUCGCCCACUUGUCGCACCAAGGGCCUGUUACUACUUGGACAGGCAUUUGCUUGCAAUUGGAAGGAAGUCAAGGAUGGCUUGCGAGAAAUGCACAAUUUAGGCUUGACUUCGGACCGAGGUUUCAUCCCAGCUUUUACUUCACUCUUUCUGGAGUAUUGGCCUACACAUAACGCUGCGGAAAUACGUGAAUUCUUCAUGGACGCUGUCGAGAAAUACUCGCUCCAGCCUGAUCAGCUUCUCUUUGAGCAUGUUUUACAAGCAUAUAUACAAAAAGGGGACCCUGAUCUUGUCUCAGAAUUAGCCAAUCUUGCAAACACUCACGGAUGGAAAGUCGAGAUAAAAGAAGAUCAGUUUUACGAACAUCUACAGAUCCACCGUCGACGAAUGGAGAACAACCCUGUUGGGUUCUGGCAACUGUUGAAUGCUGCUCGGGUUAAUUAUGGCCAGGCAGCAGCUUCUCAACGCAUUCUGGGCUAUGAUCACCGCUCGCUACCCUGGCCAGAAGCCAACUGUAUUCCAUACACAGAUCUUUGGCCGAAUUGGUACCGUCGAGCAGUGAAUGGUAUCAUGACUGACAGGCCCCUUGACCAGUACCCAUCGCUAGACAAACAACUUGCAGAUGUCUUGCAUGCCGGUGAUUGCGACUCUGCUUUGUGGUUUUAUGAGAACGCUUUGGCAGCGGGCUAUGUGUUCAAGUCGUACCAUAUAGACUUAGUGGCUAUUGCUAUACUUGUGGAGAAAGGCCUUGCUCCUGCCAAAAAGCUUGUUGAAGAGCAUUGGGAAAAGGAUCUAAAGAAUAAAAUAGUCGUCAUCCCCCAGUUUUUUCUGCAGAUUCUGGAGAGCAGCGAUGCGUUACCGGACACCGAGCUCAUCAAAAUGGCAGUGUUCCGAUUUUAUACUCUGUGCUGGGAAAUGCCCAAGCUCGAGUUGAAGCAUCAGUUCAUGAACCACAUGGCAAAUCGCCUCAUUGAACAGGGACGACCAGAGGCUGCACAGGACUUACUUCUCACGGCAUACAAAUCUCGAUGGGGUCGCCAGUUCGAAUUCGACGGAGCAUGUAUGAGGACCAUGCUACGAGCUUUUGUUCUUACUGGUCAUCUCAAGGGUAUCCGGUGGUGUCUUCUUACAGCGCUGGCACGUCAUUCAGCCUGCAACAGGGAUUUUAUUGUUGAUGCACGCCGGGCUUUAGUUACGGGGCAUAUAAAGAAAGCCGGAUGGGUAUGGCGAGAGAAAGAACGAGUCGAUUUCCUCGAUCAUCUCGGUAGACUGGUCAGUGUUCUGGAAAGAAAAGCCGCCGAAGACCCUGAGCUCGUUACACUCCUGCAAAACAACAAGAAAAGAAAGCGAAUGGCCAAGCAAUUCUACCACCCACAGAUUCACAGAUGGCGCAAUGACAAACUGCCGAAUCUUCGGAAAAUUAUUGCGCAUUGGGACGAGGAGCGAGAAUUAGAAUGGAUGACUACACAGCCAACGGCCAUUUUGCUCACGGAGGACAAGACGUCGAAGUUGUGGAAUGAACGACGGGUUUACGAGUUGGAAGGAGAAGUCAUGGACUGAUGCUAUGUACAAUUUUAUAUACUAUGAUAUAUGUAAAUAUGUAAAUCACAUGUAUUUCAAGGACAC